UUUUUUUUCCCUUCUCCUCUCCGACUUCACUUCACCCUCUACGCUCUGCUCGCUGUCGAUACGCCUCGCUCUGCCUGUCGGCUCCAUCCAUUGACCUGCUUGCCUAUACCCGCCCCAGACGCACCCACUUACUGGCUCGCGCCAACCUAUUACCUUGCCUUACCGCCGCCACUACUGCUGCUACUGCUGCUACUGUCACUACGGCUCUCUUGCUUCCCGCCAAACCAAUCUCCAAAACUCCAGAGCCUCAAUUCGCAGCAGCCAAACCUCGCCCUCGCAUCUGCUCUCCCUCCCCCGCGGCCCGCGCUGCGAUAAGGCAUCUUCGCCUCCAUCGUAUCCUCCGUCGUCAGACCUCCCUCUUCGUCAAGGAACCGCAUUCGCAGCACCACCAUGGUGGUCGCAACCAUCAAGUGCGUUGUCGUCGGCGACGGUGCCGUCGGCAAGACAUGUCUUCUCAUCAGCUACACCACCAACAAAUUCCCCUCGGAAUACGUGCCGACCGUUUUCGACAACUAUGCCGUCACCGUCAUGAUCGGCGAUGAGCCCUAUACCCUGGGACUGUUCGAUACCGCUGGUCAGGAGGAUUAUGACCGUCUGCGUCCUCUCUCAUACCCCCAAACCGACGUUUUCCUCGUCUGCUUCAGCGUCACCUCCCCUGCGUCAUUCGAAAACGUUCGCGAGAAGUGGUUCCCCGAGGUGCACCACCACUGCCCCGGCGUUCCCUGCCUCAUUGUCGGAACCCAGGUCGAUUUGAGAGAUGACCCCAGCGUCAGAGAGAAGCUUGCCAAGCAGAAGAUGGCCCCAGUCCGCCGAGAGGAUGGUGAGCGUAUGGCCAAGGACCUCGGCGCGGUUAAAUACGUCGAGUGCAGUGCGUUGACGCAGUACAAGCUCAAGGAUGUGUUUGACGAGGCCAUCGUUGCUGCUUUGGAGCCCCCGGCACCCAAGAAAAAAUCUCACAAGUGCCUUGUUCUAUAAACCACAGCCUCGGGGAAUUGCUUCAUAGGAUAUUGCCAUUGUUUCGCUCGGUGGUCAGUUGACCAGAAGGGAUGGGUUCUGGAUACAUGGGACGAGGUCAAUUGGAGAUGAGGAUGUGUGUUUGGACGGAGCGAAUAGACUUGGAACUGGGCCCUGUCUACCCAUGAUGGCUGGUAUCACUGGCAAAUAGAAGAGGGGAAUCAUUUCCGUUGUUUUUCUUUUCUCUGGCUUUUUGGCCAAGGAAGAAAUAUGCCUAUGGAUUUUCCCCUUGCGCCUAGCGAUAUCAAGGCAUAGAUUCCCUUCCACGAUGGGUAUGAAUUGGGAUGGUGGCUAGAGCUCCCUGGAUGCCGUCUGCUGUGUCACUGGCAGCCCUUGCCCGUAUUUCUCCGUCAUUUUUCUCAAUGGCCUCGAGACCAGAGACGAAUCUACGCUGCUGUCUAUUCUUGUUUCUCUCUAUAUUUUGGGCCAGGGAACUUAUAAAAUGCAGACAGGCAUGUUUCGAUGGGAAAGUUUGGCGAUUAGGAGUGCAGUUAAUUGACCGGACCUUUUGUUAUGCCAUUUUUCUUCUUUUUUUUUUUUUCCUUUUUACUUUUUAUCUGAUCUUGCUGUUGCUCUGCUGUCGAAUGCGUGUCAUUUGUGAAGUGGAUAUUUGAAGUAAAGCUUUCUUUUGGCUCUACUAUGUUCAAUAUCUAUAGGUAGUGCUCAUUGGUAAGACGAUAAUAAGUACGAGACAUAUAGGAAUCGAUUAGAAUUGGUAAUUAGGCCUCGGCAGUUGGAUGAUUCGCAACCACACCCCGCGGUUUACUCUCUGGUGAUGCGUAGCAUUGCCCCAUUAAACUAAGUAGCAUGAGGUGCCUCUAUAAAGAUCUGCAAGCACAGAAGUGAGGAUUUGUAAUGACGAUGUUGAUGUUUGGUACCUACGCUGUGGUAUUUCGGGUUUGGGAAACUGGAAUCCAUUCCUUUUACUAUCCUACCCGUGAUUUGAAAUUUCCCUACUUCACUCUAGCACUAACUAACAAGAAGAGACCCAGGAUAAAGUUGGAGAGGCAUGAAGUCGGCUGUGCUACUGAGCUGGUUUUUCUGGGGUAGCAUGUCGUCGGCGGGGUGUGGGCACGAUACAUGUACGCAUAACGGGAGGGAAUGGACAAAAGAGGAGCUGGUUGAGCUGGGCCACUGAUGGGAGUUUUGUUUGCUGCGUCUCGUCAGUAAUGAAUGACUGAUAAAUCUUUUUGACCAUGUCAAGUGUUUGACAAACCCGGCUGAGAGGUUUGAUAUUGCCACUUUG